AAGUGUCAUGUCCUGCAGACGUCCCUUUGUCCAAUGGUUUGUUUUGAUUAGUUCGCUUUGUUCGUACGUUCUUCAAUCACUCACAAAAGCACAACCCAGCAAACCAAUGGAAGCGUAAGGAAAUGAACGGCCACUGCGACAGAAUUCCAUGGGCUGCAUGGGAUUAACCAUCGUGGGAGAAAAAAACACAGCAUCACACGGCCUGAACGGAUACCGUGAUAGCAUACCGUGUUUGCGGGACACGCCGAGUGCAAUAACCGAGAGAAAAACCCACCCGCCCAAAUGGAUGCAGCCAAACAGCGAGUAGGCGAAGUAGUUGGCGCAGUAAAGAAUAACAUAACCAUGGCAACCGAAAGCGGUCUGCGCGUGGUGCGCCAAUACUCCGACGAGGGACGUACCCUAGCAUUGCGAACCUUCAACGAGGCAAACAGUGAGGCGGGAACAGUGCUCCGAAAUGCUUGGACGAGCUUCAUAGAGUUGGUACAGCGGCUAAAAUCGUCGGCCAGGGAAGUGCUGGACCCAUCGGUAUUGUACGAAGAGCUUCGUAUCUUUUUCCGCGAUGAAAUUGCCCGCAACAAUGCUUUCGCAAUACUGAUCGGUCUCGGAUUCGGCACGACCGGUGGUUUCAUGCUAGGAAUGUGGCUUGCCCGACCUCACCUCCCAACGCCGAUCAUGAAAUCGAUCGCUUCCACCUCGUUCCGCGACCCCGACAAUGUGGUCGUCUGUCAAACGGCCGUGCCCCAGUUUCAAUCGUCCUCGGACAUCCUGGUGCGCGUCCGAGCCGCCUCCCUGAAUCGAAUCGAUCGUCGCAUCGCGUUCGGUUACGGGCGAACACUGCGCAGGAUGAUUCGAACGUACAACAGUACUUACGAUCCGGAGCUUCCCCUGGUGCUCGGACGAUCGUGCGCCGGCAUCGUGGAAGCGGUCGGUACCGGUUCCAAAAGUGGGCUGGAAAUUGGUGACGAAGUGUGGCUAGCGACACACUGGUACGAGCCGGGUGUAGCGUCGGAGUUUGUCGUUGUACCGGAAACGCGCGUAUCGCGCAAACCGUUCCUGAUUGGGUUCGAGGGUGCCGCCAGCCUGCCGUACAGUGGCUCGAUCGCACUGAACCUGCUCGAUUCUCACAACCUAAACGAACACACCUGCAAGGGACGUAGAAUUCUGGUGCAGGACGCCUGCUCACCGGUCGGGUGCGUUAUUACUCAACUCGUGCAUAAGUGGGGCGCACUCGUAGCUGCCACUUGCCAUACACGGUCCGUUCCUGUGAUCAAUAACCUCGAGGAAAGAGGUGCCGCGGACAUCAUCACCUUCGCCAACGAACACUUUCGCUCGAACUUUAUCGAUGUUAACGUGGAUAAAUCGAACUUUAUCAACGAGCUAACGUCGAGGGAAAAGUUUCACUUCAUCUUUCUCACCACCCGGCUGGGGUAUGAUUACAAAUUUCUGGAAAAGUUCCUCACCAAAGACGGUGUGAUAGUGGAUGCGGUCGAACCGGAACAGCGCACGGAUGAUUACGGUGUGGUGGGGCGGUUCUUUCUCGGCUCGUACGUACGGUGCAGGAAAGCGUUUGCAGUGCUGUUUCGAACGAACGUUGAUUGGGGUGGGCCACACCUUUGCCAUCUGGUGCUGGAACGUUUGGCCGGCUUUGUGAAUGACGAGACGCUUAAAACUGUCGUCGAUCGGGUUUAUACACCGAGCGAGGUGGAACGAGCGCUAGAACACAUCUGCAGCGAAAAAAGCAUCGGCAGCACCAUUAUCACCUUCCGGUAGGAAAGCCCCGUCUCCAUUGGCUACAACCUAUACCACCUUAUGCACCAACGAUCACUGCCGAAGACGACUUACUUGGGUGUUACUAUUGGAUACGAUACGUUUGAGGCAUGGGUGCGAGUCUUGGCUAGCUAGGAUAGCGUUUUUAAACUGUUUUCAUCGACGACGAUCGAUCGACCGACCGAACGUAGAUAGAGUUUUUGUUUUGUUACUUUUUGCAUCGUUUUGUAAACACGCCUAUUGGCCGGCCGGCAUGAAAUAAUGGGACACAACAAUGGUUUACGCCCGACUUGCUCCGAUUCGGCAAUUCGAUCGGGAGCGAAAUAAAGAAAAAACAGAAGUAAUAAGCAUCAGCAAA